CCUUCUCCAUCAUCGCUUUUGUCCUUCACUUUGUCAUCUCCAAAUUUUUUUAACCCACCUACAUACAUCCACGCCUGAUUUCCAGCUCCCUCAGUGCCAAUACAGGAGGCUCCAGCACCACCGGCCUGCAGAGACACCCCUCGCCACCCCCGCCGCCGCCGCCGUCCCGCGUAUCAUGUCCCGCGCGCCCUCCGGUUCACACCCUCACUACACGCAGCAGCAACAAAUGGCCUACCCUCCCAACGUCCAUCCCUCUUAUUACCAACAAAAUGCCUCUGCUGUAUACCCCCCCGACCCGCAUAACCCCCAUGCACCCUACGGCCGGCCGCAUCAAGUCAAUGGCAGUGCCGGCGCGUGGCAGGGGGGCGCUAGUGCAGGGCAAAUGGAAGGCUACCCUAAUGCUGCUGCUAGCUCUUCGCGAGGCGAGCCCUAUCCACCCUACCCCCAACCUCAACAGCAACCUCAGCAGAUGCAACAUCGCGACUCGCCUACGGCUCAGGGUGGCCGGCCGGGUACAACAGGUGGAGGGUACGGCGGGUGGGGUCUACCAAGCACACCGUCCGGAAGAGGAGGCGUCAAGCUGGAGGACCUUGUGAGCAGUGACCCCAGAACGGGCAAUGCAGUCGCCACCCCUCAACAGGUUCAGCAACAGGGGAAAAGUCAGCCUCUGUCGUCGAUGCCUCUAGGUGGAACCUUUGAUGGUCGGAAUCCGUCCAACGCGGCCGACCAGCAGGGUGGCCUAUCGUCCCAACACACAGGUGGCAGAAAAAGUAUAGGGGGCGAAGAUAAGGGCAAGGACAAGAAGGACGACAAGGACAAGUCACAGCAAGGACCGUCAGAUUUUAUCAAAAAGCUGUACAAGAUGCUGGAGGAGGAGCAGGCGACGCAUGGAAAGGGCAAAAAAGCCGAGAAAGGCAAGAGAGGUCCAGUCGGAUGGGGCGCUGAUGGAACGAGUUUCGUUGUGUGGGAGAUGAACGACUUUACAACAAAGAUCUUGCCUCAAACGUUCCGUCAUUCGAACUUCUCAAGUUUUGUCAGACAACUCAACAAGUAUGGUUUCUCCAAGAUCAAGCAUAUCGACAAGAACUCUGGCACAAUCAGAGAGAAUGUCUGGGAAUUCCAGCAUCCCGACUUCCAAGCAGGGGGCAAGUCCAAUCUGGAAAGCAUCAAACGUAAACCCGUUCAACCCAAAAGACCUGCCGCCGAGACCAGCAACGAGGCCGCCGCCUCGCCUGUCCAAGCCGUCGUCAUGAAUGGCGAAGAUGCUCAGCGAAUCAACCUCUUGGAGAAUCGGAUAAUGACGUUAGAAGAAGCUCUGCAGAGGUCAAUGGCUGAGACCGCUGAAACAAGAAGGGCGCAAGCGGGGAUGAUGGGGCUUCUGAGAGAUUUAGUCGGCCAUGUUGCUGCGACAGAGAAUGCUGUUGGUACGCCAACUUCAAAUGGAGGCAACACUCCUCGAGUCAUCAACUUGAUCAGAUCGGUCGAGGCCCUCACGCAGACGCCUAUUUACGGAGUGCAACAAGUUGCUCCCAUGCCUUUCACCCCCAGCCAACCGCAAAAUGCCCAGGCAUUUAUGAACACUGCCUACAGCAACAACAACCCCGCUUUUAGCGGCGGCAGUGUGGCUGGCGCUCAGGCCCAAGCUUCGACGCCUACAGACGGCACUAACAGCCGAGGCAGCUUCAGCGGGCCGAGCACCGUCGACGUCAGGCCUCCUUCGUCUGCUUCUCGUCUUCGAGCCGUCUCGAAUGCUAGUGCAAUGGGCAUGCCUAGUGUUCCCAAUCCUCCCGCUGUCGACUCUACGGCCCCGAUUGCCGGCCCUUCCGCCCACGCUGAAGAUCCCGCAGACGAUGUCAUCGAGAUCCCCAACCAGAUGGAGACCAUGUACGAGGGAGAGUCACUCGGUCUGACACCUGUCUUUGUCGAGACACCUGCGUGGCUGACAGAAGGGACGUCGGUGCCUUUAACGAUGUAUAGAAAGCAGAGCGAUGGGCAGGCGAUGAAGACGAUCUACGAAGCAUUCGCCACGGGUGGCAAUAAGUUGCCAGAGCACGAUAUCGAAGGGAGCGGACUUGCUGCUGGCUCAGCUACUGCCGGGAUUCCGGGACAGACGCCACUGCAGUCCUAUGGUAGCGGGUCGAGCAUGGGUAUACCUCUUUCGCUAGGCACACCCACGUCAGCCGAAUCUACACCAAGCGGCAAGCCUUCCAAAAAGCAAGGCAAGAAGCCCAGAGUCGCCAACCUGAAAGAAGAGCGCGAAGCCAAGCUCAAGCCUCACUGGUCUCAGACCCCCAAGAUCUUGGUCGUGGAAGAUGACGUGGUGUAUCGAACCUUGUCAAAGAAGUUCCUGCAAAAGUUUGGAUGCGAGACUGAGACUGUCGAGAAUGCGCAGGGAGCAGUUGACAAGAUGAACGGAGCAAAGUUUGAUUUGGUCCUGAUGGAUAUCUUCUUCGGGCCAAACAUGGAUGGUCGAAAAGCCACUUCUCUGAUUCGACAAUUCAACAAAUACACUCCGAUCAUUUCCAUGACGUCCAACGCCCAGCCUCAGGACGUCGACUCAUACUUCCAGUCGGGUAUGAACGACAUUCUGGCCAAACCUUUCACCAAACAUCAUCUUUUCACCAUCCUCGAUCGGCACUUGGUCCAUCUUCGACACGCCCAGCUCUACGAAAAGCUGAUCCCCUUUUCUGUCGGCCUUCCUCCUCUUUCGGACCAGCACGUCCAAGAAGCCCUCGCUGUGAGCGCAGCGUCGUUACAGAAUGGCGAAGGAAUGAUCGGGUUUGGUGCAGGGCUGGUAGGCGGAGGGCAAUUACAGGUGGACAAUGGACAGGCGGCAGACGGUCAGAAUAAUGGUUUGGAGAUUGGUAUUAGAAAUCCUCUAGCAGGAACGGGGUGGAGUGAUGAUGCGUAUCAGCUUGUUCUGGGACAAUUCCUUCAAACUGGCGUUAUGCCCGACAUCCACACCAUUUCCUCCAUCUCUACCAUCGACCCUAUCCCCAAUGGAAACCCUACGCCCAAUCCCAACGAGGCCAGUGGCAGCGGCACCACCACCAUCGGUACCAACGUUGUCUUUGGCGAAUCUUCCGGUUUCAACCGCAAAAGGUCAAUUGACACCAUGGCGGAGGACAAUUGGGAGGGCCAAGUCCAAGCCCAAGCGCAGGUGCAAGCUCAGGCUCAGGCUCAGGCCCAAGUACAAGCUAUGCAAGAGCAGCAGAACAUGGCUCAGGCAAUGCAGAUGCCUACCGGUGUGGGUAUCGGCUUGGGUGAGAUGGAGAUGAACGGCCUCGGAGGAGGCGGCAACAUGGGAGCGGGGCAAACUCAACAGGAAGCAGAUAUCAGGGAGGCAAAGAGGGCCAGGGGGAUGACGCAGCAGGGUAUGUGAAUGUGAGGGAGGGUGUAGCUGUCUUUUUUCCGGGGUUCUUCUGUUCUUUUUCUUUGUGACGACUUUGUAAUGACCUUACCGCUCUUCUCCUUCUAAUAUAUAUGUACCAGUUUUCUCUUUUUCCGGACAUUUUCUCUUUCGCGUUCCUGUCUGUUAGAGCGUCCCUUUUGAGUUUGCUGUAGCCAGUACCGCACCGAGAUUUGUGGAGAUGAAAAUGCAGAGAAUAGUAUGACCAUG